CCUGCGGCGUGAGGUGCAGCAGCCGCUCCCAGCCGCCCCAGGCAAAGCCAUCAUUUGUUCCCCUUGAGGGCCUGGGAGGCUGCCAGGCUCUCCACACCCACUUCCCAGUUGAGGAAACCGAGGCAGAGGAGGCUCAGGUGUGGCCAAUCACGGUCUCGGUCAGCAUUGCCCCAGGCAGGGCCCACGGAGACUCUGGGAGGGGCCCCUUGGGCGUGAGGGGAUUCCCUCCCUACCCAACUGCGCAGAAGCCCUCGGCGGCCUGGGGGGUGCUGGGCUCCCCCUUUCCCACUGCCCUUUGGAGAACCACGUGGGCACUGGCCGGAGACCUGAAGGGGCCGUCCUGUUCGCCGUGGGUGCUGCUGGUGCCACGCUCUCCGGUCUCUGCCUGGCUGGCCACUCCCCACUGCUGUGACUCAAGGACAGACAGCUGCACACGGACCCACUGUGCCUCCUGCCCUGGGAUCUGGUGCUCUCAGACUCCUUGGUUUGGAAGCGGCUCCCCGAAGGCCCCAGCCUCCCUACACAGACCAUGGCCUUGCCAACGGCUCGACCCCUGUGGCGGUCCUGCGGGAGCCCCGCCCUUGGCAGGCUGCCGUUCCUGCUCCUCAGCCUCGGAUGGGUGCAGCCCUGGAAGGCUUGGGCCGGAGAGACAGGGCAGGAGGCUGCGCCCCUGGACCGAGUCCUGGCCAACACGCGUAACAUUGCCAGCCUCUCCCCUGGCGGCCUCCUUGGCUUCACGUGUGCGGAGGUGUCUGCCUUGAGCCCGGAGAGUGUCUGGGAGCUGGCUGUGUCCUUGGGACAGAAGAAUGUCACGCUCUCAGCAGAGCAGCUGCGCUGUCUGGCUCACCGUCUCUCUGAGCCCCCCGAGGACCUGGAUGCCCUCCCACCGGACCUGCUGCUCUUCCUCAACCCGGCCGCGUUCUCAGGGUCCCAGGCCUGCACCCGUUUCUUCUCCCGCGUCUCAAAGGCCAAUGUGGACCUGCUCCCUCGGGGGGCUCCUGAGCGACGGCGACUGCUGCCCGCGGCCCUGGCCUGCCGGGGCGUGCGGGGGGCUCUGCUGAGCGAGGCCGACGUGCGUGCUCUGGGAGGCCUGGCGUGCGACCUGCCCGGGCGCUUUGUGGCCGAGUCGGCAGAGGCGGUGCUACCCCGGCUGGUGCACUGCCUGGGACCCCUGGACCAGGAGCAGCAGGAGGCGGCCCGGGCAGCUCUGCAGGGCGGAGGACCCCCCUACGGCCCCCCGUCGACGUGGUCAGCCUCCACCCUGGACGCUCUGCGGGGCCUGCUCCCCGUGCUGGGCCAGCCCGUCGUCCGCAGCAUCCCGCAGGGCGUCGUGGCUGCAUGGCGGAAACGCACCUCUCGAGACCCAUCCUGGCGGCAGCCUGAACGGACCGCCCUCCGUCCGAGGCUCCGGCGGGACAUGGAGAAGAAGGCCUGUCCCCCAGGCAAGGAGGUCCUUGAGAUAGAUGAAAACCUCAUCUUCUACAAGAAUUGGGAGCUGGAAGCUUGUGUGAACGCGUCCCUGCUGGCCACCCAGAUAGACCGCGUGGACGCCAUCCCCUUCACCUAUGAGCAGCUGGGCAUCCUAAAGCACAAGUUGGACGAGCUGUACCCACAGGGCUACCCCGAGCCUGUGAUCCAGCACCUGGGCCAGUUCUUCCUCAAGAUGAGCCCUGAGGACAUUCGAAAGUGGAAUGUGACCUCCCUGGAGACCUUGAAGGCUCUGCUCAAAGUCAGCAAGGGGCAUGAAAUGAGUGUUCAGGUGGCCACCCUGAUUGACCAUUUCCUGAUGGGGAGGAGGCAGCUGGACAAAGACACCCUGGACACCCUGACUGCCUUCUACCCUGGGUACCUGUGCUCCCUCAGCCCUGAGCAGCUGGGCUCCGUGCCCCCCAGCCUCAUCUGGGCGGUCAGGCCCCAGGACCUGGACACGUGUGGCCCGAGGCAGCUAGAGGUCCUCUAUCCCAAGGCUCGGCUCGCUUUCCAGAACGUGAAUGGGUCCGAAUACUUCUCGAAGAUCCGGUCCUUCCUGGGUGGAGCCCCCGCAGAGGACUUGAAGCUACUCAGUCAGCGGAAUGUGAGCAUGGACUUGGCCACGUUCAUGAAGCUGCGGACGGAAGCGGUGCUGCCAUUGACCGUGGCUGAGGUGCAGAAACUUCUGGGACCCCACGUGGAGGGCCUGAAGGCCGAGGAGCGGCACAGCCCGGUACGGGACUGGAUCCUACGGCAGCGGCAAGACGACCUGGACACGCUGGGGCUGGGGCUGCAGGGCGGCAUCCCCAACGGCUACCUCAUCCUGGACCGUGGCGUGCGAGAGGCUCUCUCGGGGACGCCCUGCCUGCUAGGGCCCGGACCUGUGCUCACCGUCUUGGCCUUGCUCCUGGCCCCCACCCUGGCCUGCUGAGACCCCCGCUCCGUUCCUGGCCCCAGCACCACUGGGGAUCCCCGCCUGGCUGGUCCCUGUUCCACACCAGGAGAACUUGGCCUCAGUAAACGGGGAUAUGCCCCCUGCAGACAUAC